ACGCCCGAGGAGCGCGGGAUGCGUUUGGAUGAGGGCCCACAGGCGCCGAGCUUCUGUGCAGGAGAAACUUUUAGGGAUAUAUUCGAGAAAGUAUGCACCCUAAGAAACUCUGAAUUUCCAAGUUUGAAGUGUGAGAAACUACGGCUUUGCCCUAUUCAAAGAUGGCGGCGCAGCGUUUCUGACUGUUUCGCUUUUACUCGUCAGCCAGAGAAGCGCGCUCUGAUUGGCUAGAACAUGGCGCCGUAGAAUGACGUAUUGGAGCACUGACCAAUCGACUGUGAGCUGAGGUGGACUUGGUGGUGGAAGCCAGAGCCGAGUUCUGGGUGUCCGUGGGGCGCGGAAGACUCUGUCCAGUUUCUUCUUAGACUAUGGCAACAUAUCUGGAGUUCAUUCAGCAGAAUGAAGAACGAGAUGGCGUGCGUUUCAGUUGGAAUGUGUGGCCUUCUAGCCGCCUUGAAGCCACAAGGAUGGUUGUGCCCUUGGCUUGUCUCCUCACUCCUCUGAAGGAACGCCCAGACCUCCCUCCUGUGCAGUACGAACCUGUGCUUUGCAGCAGGCCGACCUGCAAAGCUAUUCUCAAUCCCCUGUGUCAAGUUGAUUAUCGAGCAAAACUUUGGGCUUGCAAUUUCUGUUUUCAAAGAAAUCAGUUCCCUCCAGCAUAUACAGGCAUAUCGGAGAUGAAUCAGCCUGCUGAAUUGAUGCCUCAGUUUUCAACAAUUGAGUACAUGAUCCAGCGAGGUGCUCGAACCCCUCUGAUCUUUCUCUAUGUGGUUGACACAUGUUUGGAGGAAGAUGACCUUCAAGCACUCAAGGAGUCCCUGCAGAUGUCCUUGAGUCUCCUUCCCCCGGAUGCUCUGGUUGGUCUUAUCACUUUUGGGAGGAUGGUGCAGGUUCACGAGCUAAGCUGUGAAGGAAUCUCCAAGAGUUAUGUCUUCCGAGGGACCAAGGAUUUAACUGCCAAGCAAAUACAGGAUAUGCUGGGCCUGACCAAGUCAGCUAUGCCCAUGCAGCAAGUGAGACCUGCUCAACCUCAGGAGCAGCCUUUUGUUUCCAGCAGAUUUCUGCAGCCCGUUCAUAAGAUUGACAUGAACCUCACAGAUCUUCUCGGGGAGCUGCAGAGGGACCCAUGGCCAGUAACUCAGGGGAAGAGACCUCUGCGAUCCACUGGCGUUGCUUUGUCCAUUGCUGUUGGCUUGUUGGAGGGCACUUUUCCCAACACUGGCGCCCGGAUCAUGCUGUUCACUGGAGGCCCUCCCACCCAAGGACCUGGCAUGGUGGUUGGAGAUGAACUGAAGACUCCUAUCCGCUCCUGGCACGACAUUGAAAAAGAUAAUGCACGGUUCAUGAAAAAGGCAACCAAGCAUUAUGAGAUGCUGGCUAAUCGGACUGCGACAAACGGUCACUGCAUUGAUAUUUAUGCUUGUGCCCUUGAUCAAACUGGACUUCUGGAGAUGAAGUGCUGUCCGAAUCUUACAGGAGGCCACAUGGUGAUGGGAGACUCUUUCAACACUUCUCUUUUCAAGCAGACAUUCCAAAGAAUUUUUAGUAAAGACUUCAACGGAGAUUUCAGAAUGGCGUUUGGUGCUACAUUGGAUGUAAAGACCUCUCGGGAACUGAAGAUUGCAGGAGCUAUCGGUCCAUGUGUAUCUCUGAAUGUGAAAGGACCAUGUGUGUCAGAAAAUGAGCUUGGUGUUGGUGGCACAAGUCAGUGGAAAAUCUGUGGCCUAGAUCCCACGUCUACUCUUGGCAUCUACUUUGAAGUUGUCAAUCAGCACAAUGCUCCAAUUCCCCAGGGAGGCAGAGGUGCCAUCCAGUUCGUCACACAGUAUCAGCAUUCCAGCACUCAGAAGCGCAUUCGAGUGACCACCAUUGCCCGCAAUUGGGCAGAUGCACAGAGUCAGCUGAGGCACAUAGAAGCAGCAUUUGACCAGGAGGCUGCAGCAGUCUUGAUGGCGCGGCUUGGAGUGUUCCGGGCAGAGUCCGAGGAGGGACCUGAUGUGCUCCGCUGGCUGGAUCGACAACUCAUCCGACUGUGUCAGAAGUUUGGGCAGUAUAACAAAGAAGACCCCACGUCUUUCAGAUUGUCAGACUCUUUUUCUCUGUAUCCUCAGUUCAUGUUUCAUCUGAGAAGAUCUCCAUUUCUUCAAGUGUUUAACAACAGUCCUGAUGAGUCCUCCUAUUAUAGACACCAUUUUGCCAGGCAGGAUCUGACUCAGUCCCUCAUCAUGAUCCAGCCCAUUCUCUACUCUUACUCCUUCCAUGGACCACCAGAGCCUGUACUCCUGGACAGCAGCAGCAUUCUAGCUGACCGAAUUCUGCUGAUGGAUACUUUCUUCCAAAUUGUCAUUUAUCUUGGUGAGACCAUAGCCCAGUGGCGGAAAGCUGGAUACCAGGACAUGCCUGAGUAUGAAAACUUCAAGCACCUUCUGCAGGCACCACUGGAUGAUGCGCAGGAGAUCCUGCAAGCACGCUUCCCAAUGCCGCGUUAUAUCAACACAGAGCACGGUGGCAGUCAGGCUCGAUUCCUGUUGUCUAAAGUUAACCCAUCUCAGACACACAAUAACUUGUAUGCUUGGGGACAGGAAACUGGAGCACCCAUCCUGACGGAUGAUGUCAGCCUGCAGGUGUUCAUGGAUCACUUGAAGAAGCUGGCUGUGUCCAGUGCCUCUUAAACUGACAGUGCAGCCCGGCAGUGGAGGACAGCACUGUCAGAUUCUGCUCACACUGUUGAUAUCACCUUAGCAACAUUCCUUUCACCUUUCUGGAAGAUUCUAAUAAAUAACCCAAGGAAUUUUUUUAUAUGUAUGUCUUCAGGUUAUAAUAUGUCUUCAGGUUAUAAUUUAUUUGUGUUCCUUCUCUGCCUGUUUUCCUACACAUGAAAUUGUAUAAGGUCAUACAUGUUCUGCUAAUUGUAGAUGUUUACUUACUUUUUGUACCUUAAUGUUUUAGAGUCUUUAUAAAAUCAGAGUUUAUGUAUUUUUGGCUGCUUAAGUGAGCCUUAAUGAUCAUAAAGGAAAUAAAUCUGGAUGAGAAGACCAUUGGCCAAAAUAAUCAUGCAGAUUUUAUCUGUGUGUGUGUGUGUGUGUGUGUGUGUGUGUGUGUGUGUGUGUGUGUGUGUGUAUGUGUGUGAGGGGGGGGGGAGGAUGUAUGUAUCUUGGGGGUGUUCCUCAAGGGCUAUUUUCUGACUUUGAUCUUCAUUCAUCAUCUAAAUGUUAAGGAACUAUUGUAUGAAAUGUGUGAAGCAAGAUCUUUGUCGGUGUGGUUUGCAGGGCACAUCCCUGAUUCACUGGUCACUGCCGUAUCAACAGUCCAGCCCAGGUGGACCUCAAGAGAUGGCUGAUGGGCCUAAGACGCUUCAACGGAGUAAUGCUACAUUUGUCCUGACACCAAACAAACUACCUGGAAUGAGUUCUGUUUUUAAUAAAAAAUUUUACACACACACACACACACACACACAAACACACAUAUAUAUAUAUAUAUAUGCUUCUAUGUAUAUGUGUGUGUCGCACACACAAAUAUGUCAAAACAAAAUCUUUAUCCUAAAGAGCUUAUACUAAAUAAAUACCCUCCAUUUCCUAAACCCAGGCCAGUUCUUCAGAAGUAACAGUGUGCCACCUUCUCUUCCAUGUGUUUUGUUGGUGAUGUAUUUGGUUUUAGCCACUGUCUUUCAGUUCCUGCUUUUGUUCCAUGAGGAUGUUAAGAAAUUCCUCCCUACCCUCCAGUUUUUGUUAGUUGUACUUUUACUUUUGUAUUAUCAAGACUUAUAUAAUGUAUGUUUUAACCUCUAGCCAUAAUUCUAUUUUUCAUGUGGAAGUUGAUUGUAAAAUCUAAAGAAAGCAUUUGUCCAGUUGUGAU